CACCCACACAGAGAUGGCACACCUACCUUUGCCGUUUUAUGGCUUCGCGGGAUUCUUCAUGGUUUUCUGGCUGGGCACCUGGAUGGUGCACGUGAUAGCCAUCUGCUAUGGACGCUACAAGCUGCACAAGAAGUCCUGCAAGCUGCCCACGGAGGCCCAGCCGCUGCCGGGAGUCUCUAUUUUGAAGCCUCUAAUGGGCGUGGAUCCCAAUUUGCAGCACAACCUGGAGACCUUCUUCACCAUGGACUAUCCGCUCUACGAGCUGCUCUUCUGCGUGGAGGACAAGGAGGAUCCGGCCAUCCAACUGGUGGAGCGACUCCUUGCAAAGUAUCCCCUAGUGGACGCCACCCUCUUUGUCGGCGGCUCCGAUGUGGGCGUCAAUCCGAAGAUCAACAACAUCCAUCCCGGCUAUCUGGCCGCCAAAUACGACUUUGUCAUGAUCUCCGACAGCGGCAUCAAGAUGAAGGACGACACGCUGCUGGACAUGGUGCAGAAUAUGUCCGAGAAGCAUGCUUUGGUCCACCAGAUGCCCUUCACCAGCGACCGCGAUGGAUUUGCGGCCACCUUCGAGAAGGUCUUUUUUGGCACCGUGCAGAGCAGAAUCUACUUGUCGGCGGAUGUGCUGGGCAUCAACUGCCACACGGGAAUGUCCUGUUUGCUGCGCAAGGCGGUCAUUGAUCAACUGGGCGGCUUAAAGGCUUUUGGUUGCUACCUCGCCGAGGAUUUCUUCAUUGCCCGCGAGGUAACGCGUCUCGGCUGGAAGAUGCGCAUCUCCAACCAGCCGGCGCUGCAAAACAGCGGCCUCUGCGACAUCGGCAGCUUCCAGGCGCGCCUCAUCCGCUGGGCCAAGCUGCGCGUGGCCAUGGUGCCCACCACCAUCCUCCUAGAGCCGCUCUCCGAGUGCAUGAUCCUCGGCGCCAUUGCCGCCUGGUCAGCCUCUGUGUUGUUUAGCUGGGAUCCUCUGGUUUUCUACCUGGUGCAUGUGCUUUGCUGGUUUCUGUCCGACUGGCUGCUACUGUCCAUCGUCCAGCACGGCUCCAUGCCGUUCCACAAGUUUGAGUUUGUGGUCGGCUGGCUGUUUAGAGAGCUAACCGGACCCUAUUUGUUCCUGCAUGCCUUCUGGAAUCCCGCCAUUCGCUGGCGCGCCCGCACCUACAAGCUUCACUGGGGCGGAGUGGCCUACGAGCUUAGCAGCCCCGCCUCCUCCUCCGAAGAACCACAGCCCGCGCCCACGUUAGAGGCUCCAGUGGCCACCAACAGCUGCUCCAGCGAGGGAUCAACGGGCGCCAAGCAGCGACUGCUCGUCUCGUAGCACCUACUAAUUAAGUUUGUUAUUUUGUACUUGUGAGCAACCCACUCAGCGGACUGCAAGCGACUGGCGGUAGCGUCUGGUAGUAGUAUUAUUAGCUGAACCUUAGUCACUACGUAAGUCUAGACUUAAAGCUGUAAAAAAAGGGCGAAACUCCUGGGCGAACCUAGAUUAGUUUAGAGAUUUAGCUGGCGUAUCAGAGCAGAUCGACCCGCAGUUUGGUGGCUUCGUUGAGACAAAAACUGGUUAAUCGGAUGCUUUGUGUGUGUAUAUAUAUUGCGAACAGCCUGUACAGACGUAAGCCCUAGUUAGCAUUAUGAUUGCGUUAGUUCUCCCCGCUUCUGUUGUUGCUUUAUUGAAUUGUAAUUAUUUAUUUUGGCCCAGCACACCUUUUCUAGUUAUAUUGUUGUAUUCUUAAGCCUAAACUUAUGAUUACCUUUAGUUGAGUUGUUUGUGUUUUGUUUCUGUUUCUGUUUCUGUACAUAAGCGAAGAAAGGGAAUGCCAUUGAAUAAAUCGAAUCGAAUCGAAACGAAACGAUCGUCCGAAUGAAA